GGAAGCCAUCCGCGCUUGCCAUAGCCGGAGACGACUCUGGGACGGGUCACAGUCGCGCCAUCGUCGCUGGGACGGGUCGCCGUCAUACCUUGGUUGCCCACCACCUUGGUCAUUCUUCAUCUUACUUUGCAGCAGCCCAGUCGAUUGACCAUGUCGUUCGCCAACGAUGACCUCGGCACAACGCUGGACCUCGCACCAAUUUGCCUCUCGGACGUGGAGUUUAGCGCGACUUUGGGCUAUGAAAUGGACGAAAUCAAGUUCAUAUUUGAGGCGACGCAGACGCCGUCGCCCCGGUUUGAGUUGCACGACCACGCCAUGUCGAUCGAAACCGACCUGACGCCGAUGACCAGCUACCACGACUUCCUCAUCUCGACGAUCAACAUGCGGACGGCUGGUGGCUAUUCGCACAACCAUCAACCGACCGCGCAACUCUACGCGCAGCUGCAGUCGACGAGCGCCGCCGACAAGUGGGCGCAGCCGCGCCUCGUCGGGAUCGAGUACCUCGUGCGCUGCUUGGGCGGACGGGCGACCUGGCACGCCGGCGUCUUUUCGGCCAAGCACGCGCUGAAGCACAACUGCCUGCACCGCAGCUUGUUGCGUGCGACCCAAGCCCUCGAUCUGCUCUGCGCCGCAUUCAGUGUCAAGAACCACGUCAUUGCCCUUACGGAGACGGUUCUUGCGGAGCACAAGAUCGUCCUCGCGUACCGAGCGACCAUCCGCGUUGACGAUCUGCCAGCGGCCAAGACUGUGCUCUCCAUCAACUUCUUCAAGCGCCUCAAGGAGCUCAAGGUCGCCCGCGGCACGUCGUUUGCGCUGACCGCCACCAUCACGUGCUGGUACCUCAACGGCUGUGAGAUCCACGCCGUCGACCUCGACGCUGAUGUGGCCGCGCUCUAAGUUCUAGCAUCGUGUCUGUGUGUGCGUAAUUUUGUCAACAUAAUGCGUUUGCAUAUCAUAACGUUAAGUCGGAUUAUGUGAGUGGUAUAGGGUUCUUCUGCUCGCGCCACUCACCAAC